AUGGCACAAGUCAAAGCGCAGACCACAACAAACAACUCUGGGCCUACUCUGACCCCAGCAGCACUAGUCCCAUCAGUAACGGCAACAAGCUCAGUAGGUCUUCAGCCCUCCGUGAAUGGAUCUGUUCCAGAGUUAGCUGUUGACUGUAAUAAUUCUAUAACUGGUCUGGUGGAUUGCAGCAACUCACAGGUUCCUUUCCAAGAUAACAUGGCAAACCCCAAAGAGAAGACCCCAAUGUGUCUGGUAAAUGAGUUAGCCCGUUUCAAUAGAAUUCAACCUUUGUAUAAGCUCCUGAAUGAACGAGGACCUGCUCAUGCAAAGAUGUUCACAGUGCAACUGAUUCUUGGAGAGCAGACAUGGGAAGCUGAAGGAAGCAGUAUUAAAAAGGCUCAUCAUUCUGCUGCUAGCAAAGCUCUGAGUGAAACUACUCUACCUAAGCCAACACCUAGACCACCCAAAAAUAAUGUUAAUAACAACCCAGGAAGUAUUACCCCGACAGUGGAGCUGAAUGGUCUUGCCAUGAAAAGGGGAGAGCCUGCCAUCUAUAGGCCAUUAGAUCAAAAGCCAGUCCCAAACUACAGAGCAAAUUAUAACUUUCGAGGCAUGUACAAUCAGAGAUAUCACUGCCCAGUGCCUAAGAUUUUCUUUGUCCAGUUGACUGUGGGUGACCGUGAGUUUUUGGGUGAAGGGAAGACUCGCCAAGCUGCUAGACACAAUGCUGCAAUGAAAGCACUUCAAGCUCUUCAGAAUGAGCCAAUUCCCAAAAAGUUACCUCAGAAUGGAGAGACAGGAAAAGAACUGGAAGAAGAAAAAGACGCAAACAAGUCGGAGAUCAGCGUAGUGUUUGAAAUUGCACUGAAGCGCAACAUGCCUGUCAGUUUUGAAGUAAUAAGGGAAAGUGGGCCACCACAUAUGAAGAGCUUUGUCACUCGAGUAUCAGUAGGAGAGUUUUCAGCAGAAGGUGAAGGAAACAGCAAGAAACUCUCAAAGAAGCGUGCUGCAAUAGCUGUCCUGCAAGAACUUCGGAAACUUUCCCCUCUUCCUGUGGUUGAAAAGCCAAAACUUCACUUUAAAAAACGUCCCAGAACUAUAUUAAAGACUGGACCAGAAUAUGGCCAAGGCAUGAACCCCAUUAGCCGUCUGGCUCAGAUUCAGCAAGCCAAAAGGGAGAAGGAGCCAGAAUAUCUUCUUCUUUCAGAAAGAGGUAUGCCUCGUCGCCGGGAGUUUGUUAUGCAGGUCAAAGUGGGCAAUGACAUUACCACCGGAACAGGCCCCAACAAGAAAAUAGCAAAAAGAAAUGCUGCUGAAGCCAUGUUACUACAGCUUGGCUACAAGGCCUCUUUGCCACUUCAAGAACAGGCAGAAAAGCCAGGAGAGAUUAAGGGAUGGAACGGCCAAAAUGUUGGAUACCCUGAACCAACAAGUAACACGCCAAAGGGAAUUCUCCAUCUCUCUCCUGAUGUUUAUCAAGAGAUGGAAGCCAGCCGCAACAAAGCAUCCCCUGGUACCACUGUAAACUAUAUAUCAUCCAAGGAAAUGAGCCAAACUUCUAGUUGUUUCUUCAGCAUAUCUCCUGCCACUAAUAGUACAGCUACGAUCGCCAGGGAACUACUCAUGAAUGGAACAUCCCCAACUGCUGAAGCCAUAGGUCUAAAAGGAAUGUCACUUACUUCCCCUUGUUCUAUAGUGCAGCCUUCAAAACAGCUGGAAUAUUUGGCAAGAAUCCAAGGCUUUCAGGUACAGUACAGCGACAGACAGAACGGCAAAGAGUGCAUGACCUGUUUGACACUGUCUUCUUUGCAGAUGACUUUCCACGGCGUCGGAAGCUCCACUGAAACCAGCCAUGACCAGGCAGCUUUAAGUGCCUUGAAACAGUUUUCAGAAGAAGGCCUGGAUCCAGUGGAUGAAACUACAAAGGUUGAAAAUGGAUCCCUUGAAAAACAAGUCAAGCAUCUGGGCGAAAACGCAGACAAUAAACAGACUAACUCAGGCACCAACGCUCAGGACUGCAAGGAUUCAAAGGCUGUCGUCUAGGAGCCUCCCAGCACCCGCGGCUGCCACUGCAUCCUUAUAAACCUGUCAACACGCAAUAGGGUGUUAUGUGUACAAGGAAAUGGAUGACUAAUACCAUUAUUUGAGUCUUAUGUGAAGACAACACUAUUCUAACACAAGAGAUGAUGUACAUGGUACUGUUUGUUGAACAGAAGAGGGAAAUAAAUUAAACCUUUGCCUGUUUCCCUCCAAAUUCUGAACAUCUAAUAAUUCAGAACUACUCCAGAGACAGCAAAAUACUGACCAGGCCACUGGCUUUUUAAACAGCAA